UGACUCAGACUCCCGUCUUUCAGCAUCAAUGCAACUAUGGAUCAUUUUUAUAAAUAUCCUGUUUACUUCGAGUGUCCCAGCCUGGACGGAGAGCAAAAGAAGAGAAUAGAAAACUAUUUUCAGAUCCGCCGGAGAUCAGGCGGAGGGGAGUGCGGUCCGCUGAGGACAGUGACUGAUAAAGUUUAUACGAUCGCUUUCAGAAAUAAAACAGAUCAGCAAAGGGUCCUGCAGAAGUCUGAGCAUGUGUUGGAGUUAGCGACUGGUCUUCUGGCGCUCACCAUCCAUGAUGAUCCAGGGCUUCAAUCCUCUUCUCACACCACUACCUCAACAUCCAGCCGAUCUGUUCAUCCAGACCUCAGGUCUACAACUCCAGGCCAGCAGAGCCACCUGCCUAUUCACUCCUCAACGCUGACACCAUGUGGUGUAGAACAUGAACUACAGCUGGACACCUACCUCAUCCGCUACCUAAAGGAGCACCCCAGAGCUGGGAAGAAACUAGAUGAAGAACUUGCAUCUAUGGCCAGCUCUGUGCAGCUCCACCCAGAUGAGGGGAGGGUAUUGGUCAAGGGCGUCAUCCCAGAUAUGGAUGAAGUUCAACAAUGGAAAGCUAAGAUAGAAAAAGUCUUUGAACAGAUCAACGAACGAUAUGUCUGCCACUUUGAGUUGGACCCACACAAAGUCAGCAUUCUGCUUCGCUCUCGCAGCUCUAGUCAAGACACAGAUGAAGUGAGGGUGUACAGCCAGGUCGGAGUGGCUGUGGUGGUUGGGGAGCAUUCCCAGGUGCAAGCCAGACUGAGGGAUGUGAUGGGCUCGCAUAUCACAGGCCAAGGGUCAGGUGUCAGUCAGAAGCAAACCACAACCCGUCGAUUAGGUGAGGCAAAACUCCGCCUCCUCUGGGAGGACAUAGAACACAGUCUGAGGCAGGACAUCCCUGGAGUGAAGAUCACACAAGGAGAUGCAGGUCAGUUAGUUUUGGAAGGAUCUGUGGAGGAGAUUGUUAAAGCUGGAGACAUUGUUUCCAAGAAGGAGAAUUUGGUCUUAGAGAGGAUGGUUUCUCAUGUGGGCCCACAUCUUUUGGCCUUCCUUAGAAAUGAGUAUGGAGGUCCUGGGAUGCUAGUCAAAUUUUUAGGGGUUGGCAGCAAUGUGGAAAUAGAGCUAAGAGACACUGAACUGCAUCUCUUCACCCUCUGCUCUGAUAAACUGGAUGAAACUGAAAAGGCACUGCUGGACAAGUUCAAGGAAGAAAAAAUUGAUGUCCCAGACCGUUCUGCUGUGCCAUCUGAGCUUAAAGAGAAACUUGAGUCCAAGGCAAAGGAAAUGAACCAAGGAAGAUGUAAGGUUUGGGUAAGGUUUACCUCAGGUGGCAAGAUUUGCUUACUAGGCCACACCAAAGAGGUUGAGGAGCUGAGUGAGGUUAUCAUACAGUUUAUUUUGGACCAGUCCAGUCAAAAUUCCUUAGUUCAGAAGACAGUCACUAUUGACCUGCCUAGAAACACAACUGUUGCCACAUACUACCUUGAUAGUGGACUCCAGGUAGUGGUGUGCCAGGGUGACAUCACCAAAGAGCAUGCUGAUGCCCUGGUGAAUGCUGCAAAUGAGGACCUGAAUCAUGUUGGAGGUGUGGCUGCUGCGCUCAGUCGUGCAGGUGGUGCUCAAGUGCAGACGGAGAGUAGCACUCUAGUAAAGCAGGUUGGGAAAAUCCCAACAGGUGAUGUUGUUGUGACCACAGGGGGGAACCUCAAUUGCUAUAAAUUGCUGCAUGCUGUUGGGCCUGUGCAGGGGAGAGCAGGUGGCCGAGAGAGGGAGUUGCUGGAAAAAGCUGUCUGCUCUGUUCUGAACUUAGCAGAGAUGAUGGAGUUUCAAUCCAUAGCAAUUCCCUGUAUUAGCUCAGGUACAUAUGGCGUUCCUAUCAGGGUGUGCACUGAGGCCAUUGUGACUGCUGUUAAAAGGUUUGGGAUACAGGGGCGAGGCCUGAAUAAAGUAAUCCUGAUAGAUAACCGAGGUGAGGUGGUGAGGGCCAUGCAGGAAGCAUGCAACAGGCUUCUGCAAGGGAACAAUACAGGACACAGUACAAACAGGGAUCAUAGCUUCCAGAGUGGUCCCAGUGCUGCCACUCAAGACCCAGUGAGAGGAGCUAUGGCUGGAUCUGCUGGUGACAGUGUCCAAGUGGAGAUUGUCCAAGGACUCAUUGAGAUUCAGCAGUCGGAUGCCCUGGUAUCUCCUAUGGUUGGCCACAAUCCUCUCUCUACUCGCAUCGGACAUUGCUUGUACAAUUUGGUCGGACCUCAGCUGGUUACCAGGUUUGAUAAUGAAGCAGGAGCGGCAACACCCCUUGAUGAAAUUGUCCCAGUGGAGGGCUUACCUGGACUUCCAUGUGGCUGUGUAUUCUUCCUCAACCUCCUUCCUUGGGAUGAUCAACAAGGGACAGCCAUCCAGGCUCUGAGGCAAGGAAUUGGCAAAAUCCUGGCCUUCUGUGACAGCCGAGGUUUUAGUUCUGUUGCUGUUCCAGCACUUGGCACUGGAGCUGUUCUUUGUUUUCCUCAUGCUGUGGUGGCCAGGGUUCUGCUGGAGGAGAUCCAAGCAUAUGAACAGAACCGGACCAGGAGAACACCAUUCAUGGCUCGCAUCAUAAUUCACCCCAGUGACAAAGAAACUAUCAAGGCCUUCCAGUCUGCCCAGGAGGUUGUGCAUCUCAAAAGAUUCAUGGACAGUGCUCACUCAGACCAAGUGGACACAACAAGGAUUGUCCUGCUGGGGAAAACUGGAGCUGGGAAAAGCAGCCUAGCAAACACCAUAUUUGAAGACACUGUAUUCAAAACAGCCAGUUCUCCACAAUCCCAGACUAGUAUUUGCAAAGCAGAGUCCAGAUCUGUCAAUGGCAGAAGCAUCACUUUGAUCGACACUCCUGGGUUCUUUGAUACAGGGAAAACUGAGGAGCAGCUGAAGAAAGAGAUAGUGAAGUGUGUCAUAGAGUGUGCUCCUGGGCCUCAUGCUUUUCUCAUCGUGCUCAAAGUGGAGAGAUACACAGAUCAUGAGGAGGGCGUUGUCAAAAAGAUUUCCCAAUAUUUCUCUGAAGAAGCUUUCAGAUAUGCUACAGUUGUCUUCACCCAUGGUGAUGACCUCCAUGAAGGAAUGAAAAUUCAUGACUUUGUCAAUCAGAGUGAAGGUCUGAAGGAACUUGUAGAAAAGUGUGGUUGGCGGUGUUGUGUUGUUGAUAAUAAAUGUUGGAAGAACCAGCAGGAUCCCUACAGGAGCAACCAGUUCCAGGUGGCUCAGUUACUCUGCACAAUAGACAAGAUAAUGGAGGAACAUAAUGGAGGCUGCUACACCAAUGAGCUGUUAGAAGCAGCAGAGAGAGAAAUACAAAAGGAGCAAGAGCGUAUUAGACAGUCAUCAGGAAACAUGUCAGAGAAAGAGAUCAGAGAAAAGGCUAAAAUCGAGGUAUGUAAUAGAUUUUGGAUCAAAUUUGCUGGUGUCACAACCGGAGUAUUGUUGGGAGCUUUCCUUGGUUUGGCUGUGGUUGCUGGGGCAGCUAUUAUUGCUGUGAAGUCACUUUCAUCUGUACAAAAUUUAAAAGCAAUAGCAAGUACAGUAGCAGCUAGAAUAGCAGGAGGUGGAGCUGCAGCAGGUGGAGCUGCAGCAGCAGAAGCAGCAGCAGCAUGUGGAGCAGCAGAAGCAGCAGCAGGGGGGGCAGCUGGAGCAGGAGGACUCGGAGCGGCUGGAAUGGCAUUAGGCAUAUCUGCAGCAGUCAUCGGCGGAGCAGGAGCAGUUGUAGGAGGUGUUACAGGAUAUGAUGCAGCUGAGGAAGCAGAAACAGUAGAGGAGGCAAUUGACAAGGCAGCUGGAGCUGUCUGGAACAAAGCUGAGGAUGCUGUCUGCAGAGUAAAGAAAACUUUUGACAGAAUGACAAAACAGAAUUAAGACAAAAAAAGUUUCUUAAAGUGUUACUUUAAAAGUGUGGUUGGCGGUGUUGUGUUGUUGAUUAUAAAUGUUGGAAGAACAACCAGCAGGAUCCCUACAGAAGCAACUAGUUCCAGGUGGCUCAGCUACUCUGCACAAUAGACAAAAUAAUUGAGGAAAAUAAUGGAGGCUGCUGGAGGCCACAUUUAAAUUCUGAUGGACAUAUCCCUUUGUUUAUGAUAUUCAUCAACAUCUGGCUCUCAUGUCUAAUUAGUAAGCUCAUCAUCUGUAGCCUACUUUUUGAUAACAAUAAUCAAUACUUGAGGAAAAUAAUAAUUAACCAAUGCUUAUUUGCCAGCAUGUGUUAAAAGAACUCCUUAAACCCUAACUUUUACAAUAAAUACAUCAGUACUGUACAGAUUAACUAUUACAUUGACUACAUAGUCAAUAUGGCUUUUUCAUAAAAAUGGAACACUUCAUUUUUUUGACUGUAAAUGUAAUGGAUAUGAAAAUAUGUGUUAAAACCAAGGCAAAAAAAAAAAAAAAAAAAAAAAAAAAAACCUGUAUAGUUUAAAUGGUUAAGGUGCUCUCUAAUGUGUUUUAUUUCAUAUUUGAAAAGAGGCGCUUUGAAAUAAUACUUUAAAAUAUUUCUUAAAAUAUUUCUUUAUUUCUCCAGGUUUAUUAUUACUUAGUUAAUGUUUACUUGUUCAUUACAGUCUGAACCUGAAGCCAGCAACACCGUCUCUCGCUUUAUUUCUUUACAUUUCCCCUUACAGGAGAGGAAAAUUGUUGUAGAUAAUGUUCAGCUGUGUAU